UUCUGUUGAGGAAAGAAUAUGGCUCACACUGUCCGUCUGACCAUGCCCUGCCCUACCCAGCUUGGCAGCAUCAUAGGUGACUCCCUGGAAGCUCAGCUGCAUGAGUGUGUCAGGCAAGGAAACUCUGUGAGAGUAAAGAAGCUGCUGAAACAAGGUGUUUUUGUUGAUGCUGUAAAUUCCAUGGGCCAGACUUCUCUCUUCACUGCUGCAUUGCUGGGUCUUGGUAAAAUAGUGGAUAUACUGCUGGAUUAUGGCUCUGAUGCUAAUCAUCGCUGUUACGAUGGAAGCACUCCAGUCCAUGCAGCUGCAUUCUCAGGAAAUCAGUGGAUUCUUAGCAGGUUAUUGGAUGAAGGAGGUGAUUUGAGGGUGCAUGAUAAGAAUGGGAAAAAACCUCAGUGCUGGGCUAUGUCAGCUGAUAAAGAAACCAGUGCUCAGAUGCUGAAAUUUAUACAGCGUUGCACAUGGCACAUGCAGGCUGCCAUUCAAAAUUUUCCCCCUGAUCUACUCAGGAAGGUUGGCUCCUCAAAAGCCCUGGCCUACAGUCCAUCUCGGUUAGGUAGCCUUGUGCAAGGAAGUGUUGUCAGUCCUCUGGGCAGAUUUCUAAAAGGUGGAGCUAAUGCAGCCAAGAACGUUUACAGCUUUGGAUUUGGGAAGUUUUAUCUUGCAGGUAACGGGCAUCUUGAGUACUUGGCAUCUCUCCUUAUUAUUGGGGAAAAAGACCUGGUUCAGGCAGAUGAUGAACCAGCAUUCUCUUACCAUGUUGGUCCAUACAUGGUCAUGACAAACUUAAUGUGGGGAGGCAGCAGAGUUACAGUGAAGGAACUUGGCUUAGAGCCCCAUCAGAGCUGCAGUAAACUGCGCUUCGCCGAUCUUCUUGUUGCAGAGCAGGAACACAGCAGUAAACUCAGACAUCCUCAUUUGCUACAGUUGAUGGCUGUGUGUCUGUCUAGUGACUUGGAGAAAACCCGUUUGGUAUAUGAAAGAGUUAACUUUGGUACUCUGUACAGUAUCCUUCAUGAAAGGCAUACAGAAUUCCCAGUACUGCACAUGGAGAUAAUUUUGCAUGUGCUGCUUCAAAUUAUCGAUGCUUUGCGUUUUCUACACUCCUGUGGAUUUAUUCACCGUUCAGUUACCUCGUACGCUAUUCAGAUUGUUUCUUCUGGUGAGGCAAAGCUGUGCAACUUGGAAUACAUGAUAGAGAGCAAAGAUGGUGGAGAACACAGUGAUCUGACACGUAUUCCUGUCCCAGUGCAGCUGUAUAAGUGGUGCUCUCCUGAAGUAAUCUUUGAAAAAGUUGUCACAGUCAAAUCGGAUAUUUAUAGCUUCUGUGCAGUAGUGCAGGAGGCCUUGACAGAGACCCUCCCCUGGAAGGGUUGCAAAGACUCAGUUAUUAAACAGCUCAUAAUUUCAGGACAGCAGUUGGAAGCAGAUGUUAGACUUCCUGUGCCUUAUUACGAUAUUGUAAAGUCAGGGCUGGAACCUAAACAGAAGAACCGCUCCAUGAAUCUUCAGGAUAUUCAAUAUAUGCUGAAAAACGACUUAAAGGAUUUACUUAAGUCUCAAACUGGUCAUGCUGAUGAAAUGCCGAAAGCACAGAGACCCACUGGUUUUGCAGAUGUGAACGUCUGCUUGGUAUCAGCUGCAAGAACCCAGAAUAAAACACAGGAAUUUGGGGGAAAACAGAAAACCAAGGCUGACAGCUCUACUUCCUCAAUAUACUCUCUUUUUCCUGAGGAGAAAAGUGUUUUAGUGCCCCAAGAGGCAUCAACCAGUCUACAGACAGUUACACAGAGUGAAAAUCAGGAUGUGGCUUCUGAGCUUGAGAUGACCAUGAGUGUCAGUGAUGUGGAUGACAGCCUCUGUAGUUUUGAAAUCAAUGAAAUCUUUGCCAGUUUCCCAGAACUUCACAAAGACUUCCUGGAAGAAGGGGCUGGAUUAAGUCAAACUCUAAAGGACAAAAAAAGGCAGCAAAAGGAAGAAAAUAAGGCUACCUUCAAAGAAGAAGAGAAGGCUAGCUUCAAAGACGUGUCUGCAUCCCCUAGAGUGCACUGUGAGGAAAAGCCAGUUUAUGAGGAAGACAGCUUUUCGGAGUCAGAUACAGAGUACUCUACAGAAGCCCAGCAGAGCAUGAGUGAGGCCUCUGAACUGGCACAGGUGAGAGAUGCUGGCAGACUGGUGAGUAAUCUGUCCAGAACUGAGCAGCGCAUCAGCAAAUGUGUCCUUAGUGUAAAGAUAUCUCAAAGCAUGGUGCAGCAGAUAUCAGAUUCCCUGUGCAGGCUAGAGGAGAAACUGGACAAAUCAGAGGCCACUAAAAACCAGAACAAGAUGCGCCAGGAAGUCAGAAUGAAUCGGCUUUCUAAGCAAAACUUUCAAGGACACUCUAACAGAUCUGAUGGUACUUCCCAAAAUACUGAUAACCCUUUUUCUGGAGUUAAUACCUUUUCAUGGAAGGCUGUAGGUCCACCAUCAAGAAACUAUGUUCCACCAGUAGUAACAUGUCAGGCCCAAGGAGCAUUGGGUGGAGGUGUUUUCCAAGCUGUUUCAAAGACAGCAAAAGCAAUCGAGGCAAUUCAGAAUGAGAAGUGGAAGUGCUUUCAUGAGGUGAAUAAGAGUAAAAAUGAAAACAACCAUCAUGAUACCACCUUUACUGUGAUGAAAAUACAGGACGAUCAAGUGAGCCUGGACCACGAGAAUUUAUUCCCACAUUUGUCUGUAAGAAGCAAAACAAAGUCCAAUUUGCAGUAUCAGAGAGGAGGCGAUUCACAUUCUGCAGCAAGUGGAAGUGAAGAAGAGAGGUGGUGCUAUCCAAAAUCAAGGUCUGAAAUUUACAGUACAAAAAUGAGUGAGGAGAGAAGGAUGAUGCAGUCAGAAUGGAGGACUGAAGUAAAGCAAUUGGCCAGAAGAGCAGCCUCAGGAAGCUUAGAAUUUUGCUGUCCUUAUCCAGCCAGUGAAUGUACAUCUGAAAGUGAAGCAGAGAGUACAAAUGAAGCCUUUCAACACGUCACUGUUAGAGUCAAAGAAAGUCAAGACCAACAGAGAUAUAGGUGGCAGUCAGGUGAUAACGUUGAGCCUCAGGAUUUGGGCAGAGAGAAUAGAUCUGAAUCGGAGGAGAGUGAUAUGGAAUCUGCAUUGAGAAGUUCUGGAGGGAGAAGUUCCCAAUCACCAUCACAAGAUGAAAAAGCAGAGUCUGGCAUAGCCAUUCUUAAGAAUUCAGUCCUUCCUCAACAAAUCGAGAAUGUCUCUAGAGGGCGUUCAAGAGAAUUACCUAGUUCCUUUAAUUCAUGUUCUGAUGUGUCUGAAGAAUUCUUCACUCCUGAUUAUUUCCUUCCUUCUACUACUCAGACCUCAGAUGCUGAGGGCAAAUUAGAAGAUCCUUGUGGCCGACUUUUGCAGAAACAGUUACCUGAAGAUGCAGGAUCAGGAAUUCAGGAUUCAGGAGGAAAAACACUACUCUGCAGCACAGCGGCGCAGAAUUUUGGCAGUAGCAUGCUAGGAGUGAAUCAACUUAGUCAUAUGCCUGUAGCCAGUGUUGAAGCAGCACAAGAAAUAACACAGGAAGAAUGCCAAGAAAAGGAUGUAUCAGUGACAGAUAUUCACAAUUUGUCGAAUAUCCCCUAUGAGCAAGAUUGCUGCUACAGGGAUGUAGACUGUAAAACUCCCAGAGUGAGUCAUGCACCAAGGAGCUUCAGCACUCCACUCAGCUCAGAAGAAAAAAAUCCAGUAGCCUUUGAAAAAUACAAAUGCUGCCAUGAAGUAGCUUCAGAUUCUUCCUUUUGCGGUUCUGAAGAGACCUCUGCAGCAUCCAGGAUAUUCACUACAGCCCAUAAGGAGGGAAAGAGCGCUGAGAUUCCUUCAGUUGCUUCAGGAGUUUGCUCAUCUGCACUGAAUCAACCUGAUGGGUUGCCAGUUCCCUCAUCCUUGAGAGGAACCAGAAAGGCAUCUGCACUCUCACAGGCAUCUAACCACUUCACUGAUGAGCUGCCUCCACCAGCCCAAGAGCUGCUGGAUGAAAUUGAAUAUUUAAAGCUGCAAGAUUCCGUUGCUCAAGACUUCGAAGAAAAUGGGUUGUAUGAUUGUGGAGUGCAAAUAAAUGUUCCCAAUCAAAUUCAAAUGGAAGACAGAGAGUCAAAAGAAGAAUCUGAGAGAAAUGAAGGAGAUCAUAGUUUAUGGACUAAGGAGUCAUUUAAUCUAUCGGAGGAAACAGAAAGGGCUCACUCUAGUCUUGAUGGUAUUUUAGAAAGGAUGAUCCGUGCAGUUCCUGGGGAUGAGGAGAUCCAAGAACAACCUCACGAACAUGCUCUUUGGGCUGCAAGUCUGCAAGAUCCAGAAGAUGAUGGAAAAAAGGAGGGAGCUGGGGCCGCAGGCAGAGCACCAGGAAGCUGUGCAGGGAGUUCAGAAGGUCCUCUUCAUCUGUAAAAGCUACUGGAUGCUGUGCUGGGCAGUAUCACGUUUAUUAUAUUGUUAGCACUCAAUUUGUGGAGCUUGCACAGGCUAAGCUUUUGCUUUGCUUGAUUUCUGGGUACUGUUUCUACCCUGUGGUUUUAAAGGAGAGGAAGCUGCUCUAGGCUUAAGUUGUCCAGAGGAAAUUUUCCAGUUUUGAGGGGCAGUUGAGACUGACAGCAUUGUGGACCAUUCACUGGGGUUGCAGAGUAUCUCUCUGCACAGUAUUAGCAUGAUGACUCUAUUUUCUGUCAGCCUUCUGGUGUGUGUUUUCCCUUGUUCAUUAAAUUUAACAAGGUAGUUUAUUGUUUUUUCUUAGUGCUUUUUUGAUCUAGUGUUGAACUGAUUUGACUGAUUAAGGGGAUUAAUUGCUGUGCAAAAAGCUAAUGAGAAAAAGGUGGAGUAUGAGAAGAUCUGGUUAGUAUUACAAAAUACUUGUUGUUUAAUUAAACCACACUCCUCGUAAAGGCCUCAUCCAAAAAACCACCAAAGUCCCUGCAUAUAAUUGAGGUUUGGAUCUGGAUUUUAAUGAGUACAGCAACUUUAUAGUUAAUUUUUCUUGUGAUAAAUGCUGUUGAGGUGCAAGAGGUGUGAUGACUGUCCCUGUCCCAGUCUACCUGACCAUGGGAUCACAGCUGCCUUUAGCUGGGUGUACAGCAUCUUGCCUUUCCAUUCGUGUUUGUGUAGGGAAAUGCUGCCUACCUGUAAGUGUUGGUCAGAGUUGUUAAACCAAAUUAAUAAAAGUUUCUAAGGUUA